AGUAAAUUAAACCGGGAUUCAACUUAAUUUGCAUUGAUAGAAAUGAACAUUCUGAUUCAAAUUAUAUUGAGCCAAAUCAUAUCGCGAAAUCGAGGAAUAAUCACGCGCUUCUAAUGCUUUCAGAUUACGUACUGAUAAAUUGAUAAUAGAAGGUAAAUAAAUUUUGCAAUAGCAAUCGGCAAAUGUCCUAUUAAUACCUAAUUAAUAUCUUUUUCGAAACAGAAAGGCCCGAGGGCGAAUUUGCUCUCAAAAUAAAAUCAGUCUAGCUUCGCAAUAUGAUAAGAGAAUGCCUUAAUAAUAAUUAUGAUACAAGUGGCAGUUUGACGAUAACAUUGACAGACUUCAGCCAAGCUUCUCAAGAAUAAGGUAUAAGGACUCUGAUUAGCCCUUUAAUCAGAGUGAAUCGUGACGUUCGAAUGCGAAAUCCUCAGUACGGCAAGGCUAAACUGCUCGGCAAAUAUCUCUCUCAGAAGGGAGUAAAAACAAGAUCUCCCCGAGUUGGCCGCGAUAGCUGCUAAAUAUACAUAUAGAGCGACAAAGAAAAACGGAAGGUCCUGAUUCGACAAAUAUUGACCACGAGUUCGCUGCCCCGCGAGGUCCACCCCGCAGACUUCCCCGCGUCCGGUUCCUCCCUACGUAGGGGGUGGAAACGAAAAAGUACUCGGAACGUGGCCAAUCGCGAAACGUGCGUUCUCGCGAGCGUGAAAUCGAGCAGCCGUCCGUCGACGAUGACCGGUCGGCGAGGAGGACUGUGACGGACGGUCUGUCACGAGGCGGGUCCCGUUCGCCAAACGAGAUUAAUAGAGAUCCGCCGCUGUCAGCCGAACAUCUCCCAGCCGGCAGACGGCCAGUCUUCCCGCAGAUCGCAAGCCGCGUGGGUAGCAGACCCGAUACACGAUCGAUCUUCCUUCGAUAUCGAUCGCCGACCGGCCGCCGUCUUCGCCCUUCGCGUGUCCACCCGGCGUCUUUUCUGAAAGAGAGCGACAUCCGGAUGUUGCGGAAUCAUCCUCCGGCGAUCCGAGGAUUCGCGACAAGAUCGUGAAAGAGACGACCGGUCGGUCUCUCCUGCUUUCUGCCGGUGAACAUUUCCGCGCGCUCGUCCGCUUUGUCAUCCGCUCGGUAAUCGGUAUCGAUAUGCACGUACGAAGCACGAGGGGACGGUGGACCGUCCUCGCCGGUUUCGCCAUGGUUUGCGUGGCUAAUUUGCGAUUAGCCUCCUGCGAGAAGGAAUCGGAGAACGAAGGAAAGGUGCACUCGGAGGAAUUACGGCAGUACACGUGUUGUGCCCGAUAUGAGAAGAUGAUCGAUGUCGGAUAUGGGAUAUCCGGGGAAGUUAUCCAGAUCGACGCUGGGCACUGCCGGAAAUUGUGCCCGCGACUCGUGUCCGAUGAUCCCGGAGAUCCAAGCCGGCCAGCGGUGCAGAAAUGUGCAUCUGAUUCCCACUGUCGCGCAAGGGCCGCCAAGCUGGAGCGAGUGUCCACGUUGCAGGGCGUUCGCGUAAUCGAGGCUAUAGACGCCUGUGAAUGUUCGCCGGAAUCGUCCUGCAGACGGGAAUCCUACACCCAUCAUGUACAUUUCGGUACGCCGCACCAGGCAAUCGUGGAUAUCGGAGUUUGCAUCGGCCAUUGCGGUAAAGACUUGGGCUGUAAGCCGGUCCGGAAUAACACAAUCAGCGUCAAGGGGCCAAACGGUGACGAGGUCUACCAAGUGGUCGAGAAAUGUGGCUGCGCCGGUCAUUGUCACCGGAUGGACCACAUGGAAACUGUGCUGGAUUACAGCGAGGUGACGAUCAAAGAGGGUACGAACACGACCGACGUGAGGCCCGUGGUCCGACAAAUAAACGUCGGCCAAUGCGUCGGGACGUGUCCGGGUAACGAGACGGAGACGUGUCUUUUGCGGGACAAAAAGGAUCCGUCCAGGUGUGUAGCCGGUCUAUAUUCGAAGCAGCACACUUGCACACCGGCCAGAUUUAAGGUGCACGAGUACAGAACCCGACGAGGAGCGAAGAGAGAAACAAUUCAAAUCACUCAGUGUGCCUGCGUCUAGACUGAAAUUAUUAUUUCGCCGCGAGUGGUCACAUUCGAGUCGAAUUGGAAAUGAGAGAAAGAGAGAAAAGGAAAGCGAAAGAGAGAGAAAGACAUAUUUUGCACGUACACUCAUGUUCCUAGGUACAUCAUGUACAAAUCCAUGUGGCUAAAUAAAUCGAAGAUGUUUUCAUGAA